AUGUACAAACAUAACGAUACCAACACCAAAGUAGCUUCUAGGACAGAUGAUCGCGGAUACAACUAUCACCGAUUCGGAAACCAUGCGACCUCGACUCCAUUCGACCCCGUGAAAGACGUCCUUGACGGCAUGAGAUACAUAGUAUCCCGGAAUGAGAUAAAACAACCAGCGACAGAUGAGGAGUUUGAGAAGGUCACUUCCGGCACGAUUAUCUGGGCCGUCACAGCCGAGAAAACCACGAACAGUAGAGUCGGUGCUUGUAGGUUGAACGCAAAGUCUGGUAAAGCUGACUACUUUCCGACUCCCGACGGGUUCUGCUGCUUGAAGCCUGCGCCCUGGAUUGUCGAGACUGUCAACGAAGAGUCGCGAAGCUACGCCUGUAAGCGAAUGACUCGACACAGCAAUAGCGGCAAUGCGAGGUUGACACCGUCACAACAGGUACAGACAAUGCGGGUGCUGUACCCAGAUGGUAGGAACAACUCGAAUGAUCUUGGGCUUCCUGUUGUCAAAGUCGCAUAUUGCAUAGAUAACAGGGUAGGAGAACACAUCUCGCUCAUCAGCAUGAAGAAGUCGAAGACUAUCCGGGCUACCCAAGGUAUAGUCAUCUACGGCGUGCUCGAGCCGCAAUCGACUAUGUAUUUUCUUCGAAAAAGUCUUCAAGUCAACUCUGACAAGACCAAGUUUACACUUUCCAACUUCCAGAGUGGACAUAACGCAUCACCAUACGCGGGAUUUGUCGCAAACAAGGCCAUUCAAAGCUCGGAUGAUAGUGGAAUUGGUGACGAGCUCUCUUCAUCCAGUGGCAGCUAUAUCCCGGUGAGUGGGUUUCAAAAAGGCCGGAUGAUUGACACUGCUUACACGUCCGAUGCCCUGGAGGAUCUUGAAGUGGAAGUCUCACCGUCUGCCAUCGUUGUAUACAAGGGCCUGAUGGCGUCGACGCCAUCUAGACCGCCUACAACUGCUCUUAGUAACGGUCUGGAUGACCACAUGUCUGACCAAAGAGAAGUUACAGCGUUCGGGCGCCGGCCGCGGGAACCUGAGAUAAUUGGAAGCACGAUUCUAGCAAAGCUUGAGGGCAGUUUUCAGGUCGCGUAUUCCAGAAUGGCCAUUGCGGAGAGCGGAGUCAACACGGUAUGCGUCAAGUUCGCCGAGCAUCGCGAGAAGUUCAGGAACAUGGACCAAAUCGCAAUCACACACGCGCACCACCUCGAGUACAGGACACUUCUCCAAGAACUUCGGCAUUUUGAGCAAAGCCUUCGCAGCCACUAUCGGGACUGGCAACUUUGCGAGUCGCAUAAGGUCGUUGCUCGUCAGAUCUUCCAGAACCCCCCGGAGCAUUGUAAAUGGAAUGUGAUUGUGCCUAACGAAGGUUGA